GCUCUUCCGAUUGGACCAGAACAACUGUCAAUCAGUAUCCCAUCAUGCGGACGCUUUAAUGGCCGAGCUAAAUAUUGUCAUAAUCGUCCCGUCUACAUUUCCACCGCUUCUAAAAGCCGCGUAAGGUGGUGCUGUGGAUUCUCCAUGUACAAACUCUUUUUGCUGAGACAUGGGGAGGGGGCUUGGAACCGGGAGAACCGUUUCUGCAGCUGGGUGGAUCAGAAGCUGAGCGAGGAUGGCGUGAGGGAGGCCCAGGAUUGUGGCCGGCUCCUGAAGGAGCUGGGCUACAAAUUCGACCUGGUGUUCACCUCCAUCCUCAGCCGCUCCAUCCAGACGGCCUGGCUGGUCUUGGAGGCCAUGGGCCAGGAGUGGGUCCCCGUGGUGAAGUCGUGGAGGCUCAACGAGCGCCACUACGGAGCCUUGAUCGGCUUGAACCGGGCUGAAAUGGCCGCCCAGCACGGGGAGGAGAAGGUGAAGCUGUGGCGGAGGAGCUACGAUGUCACUCCGCCUCCCAUCGACAAAUCGCAUCCGUACUUUGAGGAAAUCUACAGCGAUCGCAGAUACAGUACGUGCGACGUGGAGAAGGACAAGCUGCCUCGGGCCGAGAGCCUCAAGGAGGUGUUGGACAGGUUGCUGCCAUAUUGGGAAGGCACUGUGUUACCUGAGGUCCGUCAAGGCAGGACGGUGCUAAUAGCAGCUCAUGGAAACAGCUGCCGCGCCCUGCUCAAACACCUGGAAGGUAUUUCGGACGAGGAUAUCGCCGGUGUGACUUUGCCGACGGGGAUUCCGGUUUUGCUGGAGCUGGACGAGCAGUUGAAGCCUGUGAAAGCUCGCCAGCUACUGGGAGACCAGCAGAAAAUCCAAGCGGCCAUUAAAAAGGUGGAGGAUCAGGGAAAAGCCAAAGUGUCAACUUGAAACGGAUGGGAGACAUUAAAGUAACGUUAGCAUUAGCCGGUACAGGAUAGCGAAUGCUAACGCACCGAAGAUGAAAAUGUGGGAAAAGUAACUUGAUAGCGACUGGAGACAAAUUGAAAGCGAGAAAGUCUUAAUUUGAAAUAAACGUGCGUCUGAGGUAGCACUUUGGAGAAGACGUCCGUUCUUAUUGUUUUGUUUCCAAACUGAUGACUCUCAUGUGAGUUUUGGUAACAAAAUGUGUUCAUUGUAGCUAAAAUGUGAUGCGACAAUUUUCGAAAAGUCAGCAACCUGCUCUGUUACAUGGGUUGGAGUUGUUUAACAGCUAGUUAGCAUUAACAUCGUGUCAAUCACCUCCCUGCUUCUUGAAAGAAAAACGUAACAUUAGCAUUGCUAAAAUAUUGCGUGACUCUCUUGGAGUAGGCAGUCUGGAAGAUAAAUUCAAAAGCUAUCCUUAAAAGAGUUCUGGGAUUUUCCGUUACUAUCCCAGAUGCUUAAGCUAGUCACUGGUGGCAUUGUUACUGUCUUUGUUUUUUGAUGCACUUAUUUGAAUUAUGUACUGUUACAAAAUGCGGAAAAUCUUACGCUUGCUUUUUUAACUGCCACUCUUGUUUCGUAUGCACUGGUAAAAGGGAACGCACUGUAAAUUAAUUUUGUUGGAAAUCGUACAAAAGUUAUGUCAGCUGGUGUUUUUCAACAAAAGGUUCUCACUGGAGGAAAAAUGCAAUAAGCUGUUGUCUUAAUGUUCAAAAUCAGAUUUGAUUUCCAUUGUUUGUCACUCAUCCAAAGUAUUUUUAUUUAUUUUUUGUGUGUGAAGCAAAUAAAAGAGUUACAUUAAAAAUG